AUGGAAAACCCAGUUGAAGAGAUCCCGCAGGUGAUCCAUCUGCUCACCCAGUCUAUCCCCUCAGUGCAGCAACAGACAGUUGAAAAAUACUUCACGCCCUCUGCCUCAAUUACGCAUCCAUUCCUACAUUCUGGUUCAUUCCAAGGCAGCCGAUGGCUGAUUAGUCGGAUAUUUCUUUUCUAUAAAAUCAUGUCGCCGCAUGUUGAUCUGCAAGUGAAAUCAGUAGCGUUUGACCGCGAUAACUUGCUUUUAUACGUCACCGUGUCCCAAGUCUUCCGCAUAUUCAUUGUCCCUUUCUACACCGCACCGGUUACUCUUACUACGGUGCUGCAGCUCGUCAAGGGAGUAGAACAAGAUAGCCCAGCCCAGCACCGUCACAAAGUACCGGUUGUUGAGCUUACCAACUCGAAUACGGACCUUCUGGCUUCCUCUACGUCAAUCCCGGCAGAGGAAUACGCUAGCACUACAGUUGAGCCGUGCAGUUCUACGAAGCCGCUGUAUUACAUCGCUUCGCAGAAUGACUUAUACCAAACAAACGAGUAUGUGAAAUUUGUCAUACCAUAUGGGAUUGGGGAGGCGUUUGUUCUAUUUUGGCAUGCGUUUGCUACUCUAUUUUGCGUGCUGGCUUCCUACGUCUUUUGGCCGAUUGCAUGGGCAGAGGAGAAGGGUAUACUUCAGGUUACCAGGUUUGACAGUACGCUUCAUAAGGCAAAGCAAAAUUGA